AUGGAAAUUUGCAAGACUGAUGCACAUUAUCGUCAACAUUACGUCGCAAAUCAAGGUGCUAAGGAAAAACCAUUUUUAUCACGUGAGUGCCAGAACCAAAGGUUCUCAUCCUUGAGAUCAUUCAGGACUCUACGCCUGAAAUCAUUGACAUGGAGAAUUAUAUUACUUGCAACACAGAAAUCAGAUACAAGUGAUUAUAAGUCACAGGGUUCAAAGGAUAUGCUGGGAAUGGGGGAGGAAAAUUUCAUGCGCAUACAUCAGAAGAGUGUAAUAAAAUCUUUUCCUGGGGUAUACAUGACCAACAAUUACCCAGUCCGGUGUUUUAUAUUAUAUAAUUUUCUCCUCGAUCUUUCUUCCUCCUGUGGAUUGCGGAAAGGCUUUUCGAACAUCCAGGCAGCAAAGAAAUUUUACACGAUCAACGCUGUGCAGGUUGUGUUGGACAACGGCACGGUUCAGGUUAUCAUAACCAAGCCCGGAGGGAAUGUUGCAGGAGUCAAGUAUGGGGGAAUGGACAAUGUCUUGGACGCAUCACAUAAAGAAUCUGAUCGAGGGUACUGGGACAUGAACUGGAAUGUUGCCAAUGGAUCAGAUUCCUAUGAUUUGCCAAGUGGAACCAAGUUUCAACUGGUUCACUCGGAUGGAGACAAAGUUGAAGUUUCCUUCAUUCGACCAUACAAUUCAAGUCAAACGCCAGCCAUGCUGCCUCUGGAUGUCGACAAGAGGUAUGUUCUGCUUCGUGGAGGGUCAGGUUUCUAUACAUACGCAAUCUACAGCCGCCCGGCCGGAUGGGCUGACUUUGACCUCAAUCAGCUCAGGAUUGUGUUCAAACCGCGCAGUGACAACUUCCAAUACAUGGCAGUUGCAGAUAACAAGCUCAGGCUCAUGCCAUCGCCUGAUGAUCUCACAAACGCUCGAAGUGAAGAGCUAGGUUACAAGGAAGCCAGACUUCUUACUGAUCCCAUUGAGUCCUCUUUAAAAGGACAGGUCGAUGAUAAAUAUCAGUACUAUAAAGACAACAAGGACAUAAAAGUCCAUGGAUGGAUGUCCAAGGAUACGAAUCCUACUGUAGGAUUUUGGAUGAUCACACCAAGCAAUGAGUUCAAAAAUGGAGGCCCCAUGAAGGCAGAUCUAACUUGCCACACUGGUCCUACAUGUCUCUCCAUGUUCCAUAGUGCACACUAUGCUGGAAUAGACCUUUGCCCGCAAUUCAGAAACGGAGAAGCGUGGAAGAAAGUCUUUGGUCCAGUUUACGUGUACCUAAAUCAAAGACCUGCUGGGACAUCAGUUCGUCAUCUUUGGGAUGAUGCAAAAGCACAAAUGGCUAAAGAAGUAGCGGCAUGGCCAUAUACAUGGCCCUCUUCAUCAGACUAUGCACAGGCAGAAGAUCGAGGACAAGUAUCAGGCCGACUUUUUGUCCAAGACAGUUAUGCUUACUCCACAAGGAGUUCAGCUCGGGACGCAUGGGUGGGAUUGUCCCUGCCUGGAGAUGUCGGAACAUGGCAGACGGAGAGUAAGGGGUACCAAUUUUGGACCGAAGCUGAUAGUCAAGGCAAUUUCUCCAUUAAGAAUGUUCGUGCUGGCACUUACAGUCUUAAUGCUUGGGUACCUUCCGUGAUUGGUGAUUACCUCAAAGACGGACACAUUAAGGUUGCAGCAGGAGAUAAUGUCUCACUGGGUGAUUUGACUUACACGCCUCCGAGAUACGGGCCAACCGUCUGGGAAAUUGGGAACCCCAGUCGAACUGCCGCGGACUUUUACAUUCCCGAUGCAGAUUCAAGAUAUCCAAACCUUCUUUACGGCACCGUCGAAAAAUGGCGCAAUUAUGGACUCUGGCAAAGAUACACGGAUCUAUAUCCGUCUCACGAUUUGAUCUUUACAGUAGGAACAAGUGAUUACACCAAAGAUUGGUUCUUUGCUCAUCUCUGCAGGCUUGCAUCCGAUGGUACCUGGGUAGCAGCAACGUGGCAGAUCAAGUUCAACCUGUCGACUUUCGAUGCAAGCCAGGGUGCUUACAAGCUCCGCAUGGCCAUUGCCCAAGCAGAGAUAGCAGCUGUCCAGGUCCGGGUGAAUGACAGCGCCAUGAAGCCUGUAUACGAGACGCCAGCAUUCGGUAAAGACAACGCCAUCGCUCGGCACGGCAUUCACGGACUGUACGCCCUCUACAGCAUCGACAUUCCCGCAGCCGACCUCCGCAAGGGCGACAACAUCAUGUACCUGACUCAGAGGAAAGCCUCAGGACCCUUCAACGGGCGACUGGGAGGGACCUCUCGAGAGUACGACGAGCAGCAGCUGCGCCUACAGACGACGACAUUCUGUUCAUGGCGAGGGACUAGUGUGGAGCCAGUGACGCCGUCCAUCUAUCGAGAUCACACGUGCUGCUCAAGUACUGCGUUUCUACUUGACCUUCCACGAAAUCACAUUUUGCGAGAAAAAUUUUGGCGAAGAGAACCGAGGAAUUCUCCUCUGCCCAAAUGA